AUGGCCCGGUCGAGUAAAACUAUGCUCGAUUUGUUAAAUGCAUGCAGACGGAGUAAAUUUCUAGACUUUUCACUCGAUAACACAACUAUACGCGGCUUUCGGCUAACCUCCAUUGGUCAACAGCUGUCCGGUCAUAUGUACACGGAAUGGAACCAACCGGCAGCAAGCAAUAGUUAUUCGGUGCCCGUUUUCUUUGGCAAAAGUGGCCUUAGUUUGAAGGAGAAUAUUGCUUUCGUUCAACGAGAGAACAAAAUAAUGAAGCGUCCCUUCGGCAUUACGGUAGAGCACGAUCGCAAUAACAAUCUAGUAACGAUUGGUGAUGAUUUUAAGCUGGAUCUGCCCGAAACGCUAGAACUCGCCACAACAUAUCUGUUGCCGACAUCGAUGGCGAAUCAGUUUCUUUAUCAAAUGCAACGACAGCGCAAGAUCUGGUGGAUGCGGUUGUCCGUCGAUCCGGGACGGUACUUCAUUUCCGAUAUGCGUCAAACCGAGGGCACUAAUCCGACAACGUCCGUUUCUAUCUGUGGUCGGUUUCUAGACCGGUCAGAGCACAAGACGGAGGUGGAGCUGGAACGGCUGGAUCUGGAGUUCUCCGAGAAUUCCAACGCCAUCGUGCGUGUUUCCAACAAUCUUCACCGCGCUAUUCUUGCCAUCCUGAUGGACGCACUGGAGGGUGCACCGUUGGAACAGUGCGUUAAGAUACAUCGCAAAAUAGCACCUUUUAAGUGUGGCAUUAUCUGCCAGAUGGAGGAUCCUUAUGUACAAGAUGCCGUCGAGCAGCAGGAGUUGAUCGAUCUUUCAAAACAUCUAAGCUAUGUACUGCGCGCGGCCAAACUUUCCGUACACGAUGGAUCUUACAAUCAGUCCCAAUACGUCCUUCAAUUGGCAGAACUUGACCAGAUAGGUGUACCUUACGCGCUACUUCUCAACGCUCAAACUCUUCACACCGGCCUACUGCAGCUUCGAUCUCGCGAUACUACCCUCUCCGAAACUAUUCAUCUGUCCGAUCUGCCGGGCUAUUUAUUAAAAAUUAUAAAUGCUUAG